AUGAAAGCUACCAUCUUAAGUUCGCUACUGCUUGCUUUGGGCAGCGUCGCACUGCCUGUCCCUAAGAAGGGCUACCACGACGUCGAGACCGCGGCCCGUGUUGCCAGAACACUGGUCAACAGAGAAUCUCUGGCAAAUCUGGCCACCAUCCAAAAGAAGGAUGGCGUCCCUGUUUCCUUUAUGGAAUAUUAUGCUGACUGCGAGGACGACGGCGAGCCAGUUUUCUUGCUCGUCAACAUCUCCUCGAGCCAGAGAAACAUCGACGACGGCUCCAAGGUGUCUGUCUCCAUCAGAGUUGGGGACCACCAGAUCAACGACCACGUUAACCCUCACUACAUCGGAGGCAGAGUUCGUUCUGCUGCCGGCUCGCCACGGGUCAAUCUGAAAGGCUCGUUUAUUCCUGUCGCAGGUACUCCAGAAUUGGACGCCUGCUUCGCUCUUAGACACCACGACGCUCCUGCUUGGUACCCUGGCUCCCCAAUUCACGCCACUUUCUGGGCCAAGUUCCAGGUCGAGGAGGUCUACAUCAUUGGUGGCUUUGGUGACACCGCCUACAUUGGCGAGAUCCCUGCUGACCUGUACCUGAACGCCACCACCUUCGACGAGGAGGAGCUUUCUGAGGAGCUUUCUUCGAUUUUUGAGCUCCCAAAGCAGGAGAACACCUACCUCACGCGCUUCGUUAAGGCUUUUGCCCGUAUUUUCGGUCUACAGGAGAACGAAGACGAAGAGCAGGAGGAGGAGGAGUGCGACUUUGAGGACGACGACGAGGACUGGAAGAAGCUCGGAAGGGACCAGAAGAAAUUCUGGAAACAUUACGGCAAGGGCCAGAAGAAGUACUGGAAGUCUCACGGCGACAAGUCUGAGCAGCCUGAGGACCCUGAAUUAGAGGAACUGGAGGAGGUCGAGGACCCUGACUACUGGAAGCAUUUCGGCAAAGACCAAAAGAAGUACUGGAAACAUUACGGAAAGGAGCAAAAAAAAUAUUGGAAAUCUCAUGGCGACAAGUCUGAGGAUCCUGAGGACCCUGAGGACCCUGAAGUCGACGAGAUGACAGAGAUCGACGAUCCUGAUUACUGGAAACACUACGGAAAGAACCAGAGAAAGUACUGGAAACACUACGGCAAGGAACAGAGGAAAUACUGGAAAUCUCACGGCGACAAAAAGCCAGAGGACCCUGAAGUUGAGGAGACCGAGGUGGAAGACCCUGAUUACUGGAAGCAUUACGGAAAAGAUCAGAGGAAGUACUGGAAACACUAUGGUAAGGAGCACAAGAAGUACUGGAAAUCCCACGGCGACAAGCCAGAAGAUCCAGAAGAGCCUGAGUUUGAAGAAGUCGCCGAGGUUGAGGACCCUGACUACUGGAAGCACUAUGGAAAGGACCAGAGAAAGUACUGGAAGCAUUACGGAAAGGAGCAGAAAAAAUACUGGAAGUCCCACGGUAGGGAUGACGACGAGCAACAGGUGAUAUCUGCCGACUUUUGA